CGCGCCGGUCGCGUUCCUAUGCGUGCAGUUGAAAUAUCUUUGUUUUGUGUUGAUUCUAUCCUAUUCGUUAUUGUACUUAUUGUUUUUUGUGAAAAGUGCGUGUCCGUGAAUAAGUACACAAGUAUUUGUACAAAAGUGGUUUGAUUCAACAUGUCUACACCAUCCAAACGGCCGUCGUCGCAAGCGUCGUCAGAUGCCCCGACUCCAACCCGCCGGACGCGGUCUUCGCAACAGGAACAGGUUGUCAUCCCGGAGACGCCUCAACGACCUUCCGGCACAUCUUCUCAAGAUGGGACUCCAGCGACUCCUACUCGCACUCCCCGUGGUACCCCCCGCACCCCGCGCGGCACGCCCCGCACGCCGCGGGUGCCGGGCACGUCUCCAGCGAGGGCCUUGCAGUCCAGCCCUAUUGGGACAGACUUCGACUUGAGCUCACCGCUGAACUAUGGCACACCCAGCUCGCUCAGCACUCCUCGCUCGCUCAUGCGAGGGGUCAUGACCCCGGCCAGGCAGAGGGCAGAUCUUCGAGGGCAGCAGGUUGGCCGGAAUGUGCCCGCUCCAACACCAACUAGAGGGGUGGAAGAGGCAGCAGCAGAGGCACCAUCCAGUGAGCCACAGCUAGUGGUGUGGGGCACAGAUGUAGCCAUUGCCGAGUGUCGGGAGAAGUUCAUCAAGUUUGUGCAGCGGUUUGUUGAACCAACUGCUGUGACUAAUGAACCUUUAUAUGAACAGAAACUGGAAGAGAUUCACACACUGGAAGAACCAUUUUUAGAUGUGGAUGUGGAUCACGUUCGCAUCUUUGAUCCUAAGCUGCAUCGCCAGCUUGUCUGCUAUCCACAAGAGGUAGUGCCAGCGUUCGACGCAGCGGUGAACGAGUUGUUCUUCGAGAAGUACCCGGCCGCCGUGCUCGAGCACCAGAUCCAGGUGCGGCCCUUCAACGCGCCCGCACGGCACAUGCGAGACCUCAACCCGGAAGACAUCGACCAGCUAGUAACCAUCUCGGGCAUGGUGAUCCGCACAUCCAGCAUCGUGCCGGAGAUGCGCGAGGCCUUCUUCAAGUGCGCCGUCUGCGGCGCCGCCGCCGCCGCCGAGCUCGAGCGCGGCCGCGUGCCCGAACCCGCGCACUGCGCGCACUGCAACACUGCUCACUGCUUCCAGCUCAUACAUAACAGGAGCCACUUCAGUGACAAACAGCUGGUCAAACUGCAGGAGUCCCCAGACGACAUGCCCGCGGGCCGCACGCCCGCCACAGUGACCGUCAUGGCGCACGGCGCGCUGGUGGAGGCCGUGGGCGCCGGCGAGCGCGUCAGCGUCACCGGCGUCUUCCGCGCCGCCCCGGCCACCGUGCACCCGAGGAAGGCCACGCUACGCGCGCUGCACAAGACUCAUAUCGACGCUCUGCAUUAUCGGAAAGUGCAUAGUGACAGGCUGUUUGAGACUGAAGAAGGCAAGGAACACCGUUUCCCUCCCGAGCGCGUGGAGUUAUUCAAGUCGCUGUCAAAGCAAGCGGAUUGCUACGAUCGCCUCGCCCGAGCUAUCGCACCGUCUAUCUAUGAGAACUUGGACAUCAAGAAAGGUGUACUGCUUCAAUUACUCGGUGGAACUAAGAAGAACUUCAACGCUGCUGGCCGGACACAUUUCAGAUCGGAGAUCAACAUCCUGCUAUGCGGCGACCCGGGCACAUCCAAGUCACAGCUGCUCCGCUACGUGCACUCGCUCGUGCCGCGCGCGCAGUACACCUCAGGGCGAGGCUCGAGCGCCGUGGGUCUCACCGCCUACGUCACCAAAGACCCUGACACUCGCCAGCUCGUGCUGCAGACAGGCGCGCUUGUUUUGGCCGACAACGGAAUCUGCUGCAUUGACGAGUUCGACAAAAUGAACGACUCUACCCGCAGUGUACUUCACGAGGUGAUGGAGCAACAAACACUAUCGAUAGCCAAGGCCGGUAUCAUCUGUCAGCUGAACGCCCGCACUUCAAUCCUGGCGGCCGCGAACCCCGCAGAGUCGCAGUGGAACAAGAACAAAACUAUCGUCGAGAACGUUCAGCUACCUCACACUCUCAUGUCCAGAUUCGACCUAAUAUUCUUAGUACUGGAUCCGCAAGAUGAAGUGUUCGACCGUCGUCUGGCUUCACAUCUCGUAUCGCUGUAUUACAAGGACCCGACCGAACCUGAGGAGGAUGAUCAAGUUUUCGACAUGAGUAUAAUGCGGGACUACAUUGCUUUCGCGAAGGAGAACGUUCAGCCCACGCUCAGCGAGGCCGCUCAGCAGAGACUCAUCGACGCAUACGUCGAUAUGCGGCGAGUAGGCAGCGGGCGCGGCCAGAUCUCGGCCUACCCGCGGCAGCUGGAGAGUCUCAUCCGCCUGGCGGAGGCGCACGCGCGCGUCCGCUUGUCGCCCGCCGUCGAGAUUAUUGAUGUCGAUGAAGCUUCAAGACUGCACCGCGAAGCGCUGAAGCAGUCGGCGACGGACCCGGCGUCGGGCCGCAUCGACGUCGCCAUCCUCACCACCGGGCUCGGCGCCGCCGCGCGCCGCCGCCGCGCCGACCUCGUGCAGGCUCUCAGGACUCUAGCGCGGCCGCUGCCCAAGCCGCACACUAUGACGCACUCCAAACUGCUGCAGGAGAUCAAUGCUUCGUCGCAAAUCACGGUGACGCGCGAGCAGCUCGACGAGGCCCUGCGCGACCUGCAAGAUGAAGGCAAGGCCGUCAUCGUGUCGCACACGCAUCUGCGCUUCUGCUGAGCUGACCGACUACUCCAACAACGACGGUUUUACCGUGGAAUACGCUAGUAGAACUACAAAUAACUAGUUGCAGUUGAGAUUCCAUUCCGCCUUCCGAAAGAAUCCCAUUUUAGUGACCCUGUAGUCUUACCGCGUAGUUUUACCAGUUUACCAUUGGGAAUUAUCGUCCCAAUAAACUUACUAAUUUGAAGACUUUGCUUUUUUUGUACGAAACCAGACGCGACAACUGUUUCUCCUAUUUCUACAUUGUUUGCCCUUCGGGCAUCUAUAGGUACCUAACAAACCUAACCUACCUAUUGCCUAGCCCUUACUAUCAGUAAGUCUAUUGGGAAGAAAAUUCCCAGUGGUUCAACUAGUAAAACUACGCGGUAAGACUAGAGGGAAUAAAUAGCCUAGGGAGUUUUUGCCACGACAAACUGAACAGAGGGUCAUUCAGCAAACUUCUAUACAUUGACAUCCCUUUGAAC